UUUUCGCGUUGACAGGGAUUGACAGGGGAGCCGAGCGUGCCUUUUCGAGAAAGGCUUUUCGUUGUUUCUUAAGGGCCGGGAGUGGAGAGAUGGCAGAGGGAAGUGCCUGAGGAGGAGCUGGAACAAUCGAGGGACUGGCGAGAGGCGAAGGUAGCAAUGGCUGACUCUUCUGCAGUCGGUACGCCACUGUUGACUGAGCAUCUUCUUACAAAGGUGUCGGACUGCAAUGGGCUUGAUGUUUCAAUAGCCCAGGAGCAUCCAACAAUCUGUAAGCCAGAGCCGAUCUGUGUAGAGGAGGUGAGCUCCACAAUGCUGUCCCCUGUCUGCCCAGGCACAAAUGACAGAGAAAAAGGACCCCCUAGCAAUAGUACAAUCUACAGCCUGGGUGCCAAUCAGUGUUUUCACUGCCUGAUCACCUUCCCAGAUGAGAAGUUCAAGGAGCGGCACAUGAAGCGGGAACACCCGGAGGACUUCGUUCAGGCCAAUCUGCGUGAUGCUCUUUUUGUCUGCUUCAUAUGUAACAAGGCCUUUGAGAGUUCACGUGCGCUCAUCUGCCACCAGCGGGGCCAUGCGCCAGCCCCACCCUCCGACCCUACUGACUCCUUGCGCCCUACCUUUGACUGCCAUGAUUGUGGCCGCCGCUUCAGCCAGUUGGCCAACUACCAGCGUCACCGCCUGGGCCAUGCCGCGGGCCACAGUUUGCCUCACCAGUGUCCGGACUGUGGCAAGAGCUUCCGACAGCUUUCAAACUUGCGUCGGCACCAGGCUUUCCACCAGCAGACCCAGGAGUUGCUGCCCUCCCUCCCCUAUUCCUGCAUGGACUGUGGGGAGAGCUUUAACCAGGAGGCUGGGCUGCAUGAACACUACAUCCGCCAUGCCCGCGGGGAGCUCUAAUAUAAGCUGUAGCUUCGUAUCUAUUCCCUGGAUCCAGAUGGAGGCAGGAAGAUGACAGGCAUUGCAGUGUGAGAUGCAGAGCCAGAAUGAGACAAGGAACAGGAUUAAUGGGUCCUUUCUGGUUCAGAAACAGAAGGGGGAAGCCGCUAUUUUCAGGAGGUGUCAUAUCUGGUUUUGCUCCAGUCAGGAAGAAUAGUUGGUACAGGGAUAUAUGCAAAGCUGUAUUUUCCUUAGAGGAAGUGCUGUCUCCACAGAGUGAGGAUAACUGAAGGACCGAGGAUGGGAAUAGUCUCUUUUAGGAGAUGCUGACUUCCACCUAGUUCAUGGCAAGAUUUGCUACUGGUCAAAGGAGAGAGAAGCUUCCAUCAGUAUUUUGCCUUUUCUAGAUGCUCGGCUGUCAUGAAGGGCACACUUUUUGCACUCCCACCUCCCCAAGCUUGGAAUUUCUGGGUAGCCUUGCAGAGAACCUGCUUGCUUCCUGCAGAAGGUUGGGAAGAGUUAAAUGUUUGAGGGUGCAGAGUAGAAGUUAAGUCAGCUGAUUAAACCCUACAAGUGCUUUUUUAUAGGGAAAGGAGAAUUCAAGUGAGAUUAUUCUCUUGCUUUUUAAACCUGAACUAUACACAGCUUUGGAUUUGAGCCAACCCCUUCAGCUGUGAGUAUCCUGAUUGGAUUCUCUACUCAAGUGAGAGUGCGGCUGAUUGGGAGGCAGAAUACCAGUGCUUUUUUCCCUGGGGGUACUCUAGGGUACACAGUACCGGCACCUUUUCUUUUCCUAGAAGAAAAGCAGUGGUUAAAAACAUGGCACUUACUGUAACAUCUUCAUGGUGAAUACUGGCACCUUUUUUUUUUAAGAGGAAAAGCACUGCAGAAGACAAUAUAAAUUACGUUCUCAAUAGGCCAGCAGUGGAGAAUCAUUUUCCUGUUGAUGGCUGCAUUCCCUUGAGGGAGGGAGGCAGAGUCAAAAGUGGGCAGGGCCACCUCUCUUCUCUCCUUCCUUUCCCUUCCCCACCUAGCAGGCUGCUGGGGGAAGUACAUAUCUGUGCUUCCCAGAGAUCUGAGCCAGUGUCUUGCAGAGUCUCUCUGCUACCUCCAUCCAUUUCAGCCUUCCUUCUGUAUUUUCCCCCUUCCUGCCCUCUUUCCCCAGACAUUAGGCUGCAUGAUACUCUGCUGAAGUCCACCGAUUACCCACUCUGGCAGGAAGGUAAACGGCGUUUCUGUGCGCUGCUCAGGUUCACCAGGAGCAGCUUAGUCAUGCAGGCUCAUGACCCGGAAGCUGUACGCCGGUUCCCUUGGCCAGUAAAGCAAGAUGAGCACCGCAACCCCAGAGUCAUCUGUGACUGGACCAAAUGGUCAGAGGUCCCUUUACCUUUUUCCCUUUCUCCAUCCCCCUCCUUGUCCCUUGCUACAGACUCCGCUAACCCAGAAAUAGUACCUCGGGUUAAGAACUUUGCUUCAGGAUGAGAACAGAAAUCGUGCUCCGGCAGCGCGGCGGCAGCAGCGGGAGGCCCAAUUAGCUAAAGUGGUGCUUCAGGUUAAGAACAGUUUCAGGUUAAGAACGGACCUCCGGAACGAAUUAAGUACUUAACCCGAGGUACCACUGUAGUUCUUACACUCCAGUUUGUUUGCUACUCAAGCAUGGAACAGAUUACGCUGGCUCUUCUGGCUAGUGCGAUGUGUUAGAAAUGUGACAGCCCUAUGCUGUCCACUUGGUGGCACUGCCAGCUAGAAAUUGAAAGCAUAGUCUCCAUUCCAAGGCACCUAACACUAACAAAUAAAUCUACUUUGUACUGAGUCACUAUA